AGGUUAUUUCCUUUCCAGCUUACCACAGAUGCAGAGAAAUCGAGUUAGGCGAAGGACCCUGUAAAGCAACUUAGAGAGAGACAGACGUAGAAAGAGUCUCUGUGUGCUCCAGUGAGUGAGAGUGAGACAGAUAUCCAAAUCCAUUUUUAAUCCUAAGCUUCUCUUGAUGCCUCAUCCACAAUGGCUUCUCACCGAGAUCUGGAACCUGACGCUCCGCUAGCUCUGACAGACAUUAAAACCAUAGUUUGAGAUCUGCAAUUCCUGCAUCUAUCCCAUCUCAUCUCCUCCUCGUUCUUCUUCUUCUUCUUCUUCUUCUUCUUCUUCUUCUUCUUCUUGUCAACCAUUUUAAGACCUUUCAUCAGCUCGGAUGGAACGCAUCAGAAGAGGAAGAACAAGAGGCGGAUCAUUGCCAAUGACCACUCUGCUGUUCUGCACUUAUCUCUGUUUUUUCUCCACUUCUGCUCUGUUCUCAAGCAACUCCCAUGGCGAUUCUCCUUCAGGCCGAGGAAGAAGCUCAAGAACAGCAACCUUCAUCGAGGGAAAAGAGACGGAGAUGAGCGGCCCAGAAGGCGGGCCGGGUUCCUAUCCUCCGCGGUGCACGUCAAAGUGCGGUGACUGCAGCCCGUGCUACCCGGUCCACGUGCCCGUCCCUCCGGGCAUCCCCGUGAUAGCUGAAUACUACCCCGAGGCAUGGCGAUGCAAGUGUGGCAAUAAGCUCUUCAUGCCUUAAUCCUCACCCUCAUCCGUUUACCAGGUUAGUGAUUGCAUGCAUGUUUGGGAAGAUUGUCUCCGCAUGCAUGUUUGUAUAAAGAGAGGGCAGGAUAGAAUAUCUGCCUUCUUGUAGAGCUUAAGAAAAUGUAGAAAUGCAUUACUUUUUCUUUAUUAUUUUCAUUAUUGAACAUCAUUAAUAUUAAGUUAUUGAGUAUAUUGUAGUUAAAAAAA